GAUUGCAUUUUCAUCCAUAGAAGAGGACAAAGCGAUGCGCGUGAUCUUGACGGGCUUCGGCAAGUUCUACACGAUCCUCGAGAACCCAACGACGUACCUCGUGCGGACGCUGGCCGACGACCCGCACGUCACGGAAGCGCACGCGAUCGAAACCUCGGUCGACGCGCUCAAGGAAGCCCUCGAGCCGCUCUGGGCCCGCGCCAACGAGUUGGGCGAGCCAACACUCUUCUUUCACCUCGGCGUCGACGACAGCGCCGAAGUGGUCCAUUUUGAAGAGUGCGCGUACAACAUUGCCGACUUUUGCAUUCCGGACGAGAAGGGCUACGAGCCGCAGGACGAGGUCAUCAUCCCUGGCGCACCCGCCGUCAUCCACACGCUUCUGCCCGUCGCGAAACUCGCGGCCGAGGUCGGCCACGGCUGCCUGACGUCGACUGACCCCGGCCAUUACGUGUGCAACUACGCGUACUACAGCUCGCUCUAUCAUACGCUGCCACACCGCCACAACCAAUUCGUGCUCUUUGUGCACGUGCCGCCGUUCGAGGUGCUGCCCGAAGCCGACCAGCUCGCGAUCGUGCGCAAGCUCCUCUCGGUGCUCGUCCCGCGGCUCCGGGCCGCGACCAACUCGACCUAG